CAUAAACUCGUCCUCCUUUCACUGCAAUGGCUAUAAAAGCAGUCGCGAAGGUGGUGCCGCCUAAAAUUCCGCAGAAAAUAGAUUUGGUGCUGGAUUGGUUGAGAGCGCCGCCAAGGCUCCAACUACGUGGCGUGCAGAAGCUGAAGAUAUCCCUAGCAUACCGCAACGACCACUUUGGCGCGAGGCAUUUCGUGAAAGAACAACUCCCUCGUAUCCGUUUCGCCAAUCCGAAUCUCGAUAUCCAGGUGGAAAAGGCUUUAAAAACAAAGUCGGAAGGAUGGAGGCCAGAGAUCGAGCUUGUAUUUGAGGAUAGCAAACAGAAGACACUCGACCUGCAUGAGAAAUGGUCCACUACGAUAUUGAAAGAACUCAUGGAUACAGCGGGUACCGAAGGAUGGGCCAGAUGGAAAACGAAUGCAUUGGCCAAUGGGUUGCCAGUCAUUCCUGGGGAGGAGAACGAAUCAAGGGCAAGAGUAUCAACGGAUGUCAGGCGACUGCCCUCUUUGAAGGAAUUCCGAGCAGCGAAACAGAGGGUAGAGGCAGCUAAUCCCAAGGCUAACCCACCACGGAUGACACCGAAGCCUUCACCAGCGACUGAGGCGCCACCGGACCCAUGAUAUCUUACG